UUUGGUUAAUGCUCCAGUUCGAAAGGGAUCGACUCUAUAUGGCCCCUUGUUCUGUCAUGAGUGCUCUGCAAGUGACGACUGGCGGCGUGAGAAACGACGAGCCCCGCUCCCUGGCGAAUGCGAAGGUGGCGGCCGACCAGGAGAUGGACCGACCCAAGGCGCUGCUGCCUUUCAGUGUGGAGGCGCUCAUGUCCGACAGGAAGCCCAGCCGAGACAGCUGCGCACCGGAGGGUCCGCUGGUGGGCACCUCGCAGAGCCUGAGCCCCCGAAUCGCGGGGCAGGAGACGUUAGCCAGUCCGCUGGCGGCGAACACUUCCUACACAGUGGAGGGACUGUUAAAAAUCUCUGAGGAGGUGCUUGUCAAGUCGGAGAGCGGUGAGCGGCAAGAACGGACGCCCUGGAUGCAAGAUUCCCGGUUUUCCCCGCCGCCUAGACGAAUGAGUCCUCCUACCUGUACUCUCAGGAAGCAUAAAACCAACCGCAAACCCAGGACUCCGUUCACCACCUCGCAAUUACUGGCCCUGGAGCGCAAAUUUCGUCAAAAACAGUAUCUAUCCAUCGCCGAGAGAGCGGAAUUCUCCAGCUCCCUCAACUUAACAGAGACUCAGGUGAAAAUCUGGUUUCAGAACCGCAGGGCGAAGGCCAAACGACUGCAAGAAGCCGAGCUGGAGAAACUGAAAAUGGCAGCUAAGCCCAUGCUGCCACCUGCUUUUGGCAUUAGUUUCCCAAUCGGUUCCCCAGUCCCUGCAACAUCUCUUUAUGGAGCCUCUCACCACUUCCACAGACCCACUCUACCCGUAUCUCCAGUUGGACUAUAUGCUGCUCAUGUCGGAUAUAGUAUGUAUCAUUUAGCUUGAAAAGGAACCGAGAGGGAAGGGAAAGAAAGUAUUCUUUUAAAAAAAACAAAUUCUAUUGAACUUUUCUUCCCCCGUCUGUUUUGCAAAGACUCCCCAUUGGAAGGGUGUUUGUGUACGAUGUAAUAUACUGUAUAUUUGAAGUUUUAUCAUUUAUAUUAUGCAUAUAUUUGUUAAAUAAAUGUAAGUGUUUCAAGUA